GGAGAGGUAUCCGUGGGCAAAGCACCAACAGGGUGUCGAGCUGGGAUGGGAUAGGAUAGGAUAAGGAUAGGAUAAGGACAGGACAGGACAGGACAGGACAGGAUGCAGCUCUCGGCUCUGUGCUGCGGGGCCUCGCUGCUGCUGCUCGUCCUGCCAUGGGCAGGAGCGCAGCCGGCCGGCGGCGAGCACGGUGCGGAGCUGCGGUCCCUGCAGGACCUCCUGGAAGCUCUGGGGCGGCUCCGGGAGGAGGAAGAGGAAGCGGGCCUGGAAGAGGAGCCGGUGGCCGGGGCUGAGGCCGGCGGCCCCGAGUGGGAGCUCCCGGGGGCGGCGAGCGGCCCGGGGGCUGCCCCGCUCCCGGCGCCCAGCCCUCCGCAGCCGGCGGAGGGGCAGAGCCAGUGGAGGAGCCUCCUCUCCUCCUACAGACGGAGGCACUUCUCCGGCUGCUUUGGGACGAGGAUGGAGAGGAUCGGCGCGCAGACGGGGCUGGGAUGCAACCAGUACAAAGCCCGUUUCUGGAGGAGAGGGAGAAGCUGAAGCCGGGGCCGGCUCCCAAGCGCUUCCUGAGCCUCCAGGCCGGUGUCCUGCAGCCGGACGGCCAGGCUCCCCCCCGGAGCCUCCGCGGGGGUCGGGUAUGGAGCAAUAAACUUUUGUACAAAGCC